CGUUCUCAAGAACCGCUAGCAACAUUUUUAUUUUUUAACCUUGAUUUCCUAUAUCUACUGCAUGCACAACAACACAAGCAGUCAACAAACAACCCUCCCAACUAUAUCUAUUAGUCUACUGCUACUAGCAGUGGUUGUAGUCGUACUAUUUGCCUCUCGAGAUGUUCAUCACAAUAUAUAUUUAUUUUUUUAUUCACUUCAACGAAAAGCUAAUAGUACUUGGAAGGCCUUUUCAAAAUAUUUUCGGCUUUUAAAGCAAACAAUUGGAGUUUGUGCUCUACUACAAAGACACAACCCUCCUACUUCCUCACAUUCAAAUUUCUGGUUUACUAGGCAAAAAGGCAAAAGAAACCUCCCUCAAACACAAGACACACUAUCCCACGAUUGUGCGUGUGGUUUGUGUCUGUUUUUGUAUGUCCCUGUGUGUGACUGUGUGAGAGGGAGAGAGAGAGUGUGUAAUGUGCGUGUGGUGGCCCAUCUAACAUAUGGCUCACCGUCUUUGAGGAUACAAGUAAAUAAGAUGAGAAAGAGACUAGUCUCAAGACCAAAGACAGCAAGAGAGAGAGAGAGAAGAGAGAUAAAAGAGGUGAAGUGUUAUCUACAGCCAUCUUAUGGUUUAUAUGGGCUUUUGGUUUUAUCUUCAAAGAAAUGAAAUCAAACAAACGAGCUAGAAACCAGAUCAGCACCAGUUGGAAGCUCAUGCCUAUGCAUUAGUAUAAUAUAGUUUCUUUUUCAGGCUUUAAAUAUUUUUGGUUCGAUUCAAGUUUUCGUUUAUGGCUUUUUCUUGUCUUUUGGCAGAACGAUAUAUAUAAAGCCAUCCACUCUCUUUAAAGAAUUUGGGUACCCUCCAAAAGAAUUUAUGUUCGUUUCUUGGCUUUUGCUACUCCAAAACCAUUGUUUUCUUCCUUGUACUGUCUGAAACCUUUGAAACUUCGCUGUUUGCUUCUGCUCACUGCUUUGCCACCCUUUCCAAUAUAGCCUAAAACUUCACUUUUCCCCUUUUUUCUAAUAUGCAAAUGAUGCCCGGUGACCCCUUUUCCCUAUCCACUUCCAUCGGAGCCUUCAAUCAAGAGCAAAACACAAACCCUAACCCUAAACCUAACCCCCCUCCCAAGAAGAAGAGAAACCUUCCAGGCACACCAGAUCCAGAUGCCGAGGUCAUCGCUCUCUCCCCGAAGACCCUCAUGGCCACGAACCGUUUCAUAUGCGAAAUAUGCAACAAAGGGUUCCAGAGAGACCAAAACCUUCAGCUCCACCGAAGGGGUCACAACCUUCCGUGGAAGCUACGCCAAAGGUCCAACAAAGAGGUAAGGAAGAAGGUUUAUAUCUGCCCUGAACAAACCUGCGUCCACCACGACCCUUCAAGGGCACUCGGCGACCUCACUGGCAUCAAAAAGCACUUCAGCAGAAAGCACGGCGAGAAGAAGUGGAAGUGUGAAAAGUGCUCCAAGAAAUACGCAGUCCAAUCAGAUUGGAAAGCACACACCAAAACCUGUGGCACUAGAGAAUACAAAUGCGACUGUGGCACCCUCUUCUCCAGGAAGGACAGCUUCAUUACUCAUAGAGCAUUUUGCGAUGCUUUGGCUGAAGAGAGUGCGAGGCUCACCUCAGUUACCACAACAAAUCUAAAUUUCAAGAGUGAAGAGGGCAGUAAUGUGAUGAACUCGCAGCACGGUUUGGGGCAUGGUUUAAUUGCAGCGCAGGGUCUUCAAAACGUAGGUGGCAUUCCUCAAUUUGGUCCACAUGGUUUUCGUUUGGAUUUUAAUGGAAUGGAGCAACAACAAAGGCCAAGUUUGUCACUAUGGUUGAACCAGGGGAAUCCCCAUAUGAAUAACAAUAAUAAUAUUAGUAACAACGGUGCUCCCGAUGUGGGGCCCAAUUACAUGUCAUCAUGCUCUUCAGGGUUGCCUGAGAUUGUGCAAAUGGCUCAGGCCAAUGCCUUGAUGGGUUCAUCAUCGAUGGUGUCCAAUUUUGGAGUGCCUGUGGGUUCUAAUUCAACCAGUGCUGCAAAUCUUUCUCUUUCGUCACUACCUAUUGGGAAAAGAGGAGAAACAGUGGUGGACUUGGCGACUAUUUAUAAUUGUGAGGGUCAAAACAAGCAAUCAAAGCCUGCUUCACCCAUGUCAGCCACUGCGCUUCUGCAGAAAGCAGCUCAGAUGGGUUCCACCAGAAGCACCAACCCUUCCAUUUUCAGUGGUAGUUUUGGAGCGGUGAACUCACCUUCCUCGCAAACUACCACUCUCAAUAACAACAACGCCGUGAUGCUGGGAAGCAAUAAUAAUGCAGCUGCUACUACUGCUGGAACUGACUAUAGCUCUUUGACGCAUUCAUCAAACAGUUUUGACCAACUCGUGAUGCAGACCAAUGGGCAGUUACAAAGCGAGCCAGUGAAACUGAAGCUUCAUUCUAACGCCGUGGAGCAUAAUUUGACAAGGGAUUUUCUCGGCGUGAGUGGAGGAGGAGGAGGAGCUGGCCCUCAGUUCCUACCCCAAGAACUUGCGAAGUUUGCUUCCAUGGGCUCGCCAAUGGGGUUGAGCCAAUUCACGAGUAACCAAUGAACUCGUUUCGUUUCUGAUGAGCUUGUGAGAUAGCAUGUAUCAAACUUGAAGGUUUGGGGGAUGAGUUAGAGUGUAGCUAGCACUUGUGAGAGAUUGAUGAUGAUGUUGUGAGUGGGGGACCCACUUCUUGAUCGAACGAAAGGAAUAUCGAACACCACGAGUCGUGCAUGUUCUCCCUAUUGUUAUUGUUGUUUUAUCUUCUGUCUUAACCAUGUUAUCGUUUUUGGCUUCUCUUCCUUGAGAGCAAUGAAGGGAGGCAUAAAAUAAUGCAAAGAAUUCUUAGUGAAACGCUGAAAA